CAAUUGCAACUGCAGAUUCAGUUCAAACUAAAUCAAGCUUCUGCUUAAAGCCACAACAGCAAUGUUCGUUAUCAAGCUUAUAACAAUCACGUGUGCUUUGGCGCUUAUGGCAACUGCCAGACCGUUGGAUGCAUUCAGUGAGGAAGACGAUCGGCUGAAUGAGAUAAGCGCAGAGUUUGACAGAAAACUCAGACUGCCCAAUGUGGAUCGCAUUUUUAGCAGCGCUGAAGAACAAACAAAACAGAUUCGCAUUAAAAUAAGAAAUGCAAAUAAGAUUGACAAGGCGGAGACCACACAGAGCUCCAAGCAUGCGCAUAGCAUGAUCACCUCCAUGUUAUCCUUUGUUAGUAGUAUGUUCAACUUUGGCAAAACGAUGCUGCGUAAUGAAUAAUUA